AUGUUGAGUCUCUUGGAACUGACAGCAAUCUUGGAACACUGGUUCUCCUACCCCAAAUACCCCAACGCCCUCCCGCCAUGUUCUCCUACCCCAAAUACCCCAACACCCUCCCGCCAUGUUCUCCUACCCCAAAUACCCCAACGCCCUCCCGCCAUGUUCUCCGACCCCAAAUACCCCAACGCCCUCCCGCCAUGUUCUCCUACCCCAAAUACCCCAACGCCCUCCCGCCAUGUUCUCCUACCCCAAAUACCCCAACGCCCUCCCGCCAUGUUCUCCUACCCCAAAUACCCCAACGCCCUCCCGCCAUGUUCUCCUACCCCUAAUACCCCAACGCCCUCCCGCCAUGUUCUCCUACCCCAAAUACCCCAACGCCCUCCCGCCAUGUUCUCCUACCCCAAAUACCCCAACGCCCUCCCGCCCAGUUCUCCUACCCUAAUACCCCAACGCCCUCACGCCACGUUCUCCUACCCCAAAUACCCCAACGCCCUCCCGCCAAGUUCUCCUACCCCUAAUACCCCAACGCCCUCCCGCCACGUUCUCCUACCCCUAAUACCCCAACGCCCUCCCGCCACGUUCUCCUACCCCUAA